GAUCGUGUGCUGGUGUGUUUUGUGCUGUGUGGAAACUACCUGCCAUCGAACCAAAGCCACAGCACAAACACAGCCAGCACUGGCAGCAGCAGUGCGGAUCUUGCGAACCGAAUAGUACAGUUUUGACGUCUCUUCGCAUACAAUUUUAUACUUUGGAAGUUUGUGAUUCAGUGUAUCAAAUAUAAUUUAAGUUGAAACAUUAGUGAUUUGGGUGCAAAUUUUCGACAGAACGGUACCGAAACACGUUCAUUUACCGGAUGUUGAUGCUAGGCGUAUGAAAAAGCGACCACGAGUGUAAGAAAAGUGAUGUUAAACGAACGGUGCUCCUGCUCAUCGAUUUUCUCGCCAUGAAUAAAUUCCUCACAAAUAUAAUAGUGAAGCGUUCUUUUCCACUUGAUACUAAGAAAGAAAUAAAUUUAUUGUGAAUCGAAUUGAGCGUGAAAACAUAAAACAAGUUUACUAACAAUCUAACGUUGAUUGACGCACAAUCUUCUAAUCGCGAAGUGAAAACAAACACUGACAGUUGCAAAAAAAAAGAGAUUGCAUGAUAUUCUAGUUUCCUGUCAGCGCCAGACAUGCAGGCAAGCUGUUGUGCGUGAAAGUGACAAGUGACAAAAGACAACAUCUUUUAGCUGUCAAUUCCAUUCGGAAGGAAGCGCGAAAGCAGCACCCAUUAUUUGAACGGAUAAGCCUCCCUCGAUGUGCUCAUGCGAUGGAGUGAAGGAAAUCUAAUCAGACAAUGAACUUUCACCCACAUCCAGCAAACUGAAAGCUUUCCUUAUGUUCUAGAUCCGCGUCUAGCUACUAAAGUAUCGCGCUUAUUCCACGUUCCACCCAUUAAAGACAGCACAACACGUCACCGAUAAUCGCUGAACAAGAUGACCUCCGUCAAAGACACGGCUUCCUUCUUCGCUAACGGCAGCUCGAAUCAGUUCGAUUUUGCGCUGGGCCUCUAUCCACAGGUACUCAAGUUAAAGGCGCAAAAUAAAUGCAAAAAACCGGAAGAUCUCAUCCGGCUGGACGACUGGUACCAAAACAAGCUACCACAGUUGAUCAAGAAACGGGGCAAAGAUCGCUUCGUAGUCCACGAGGAACUGGUGCAGACCAUGAAGUGGAAACAGACCCGUGGUAAGUUUUUCCCCCAGCUGUCGUACUUGAUUAAAGUGAACACUCCCCGAGCGGUACAGGCGGAAACGAAGAAAGCCUUCCGAAAGCUGCCGAACCUUGAACAGGCGAUCACUGCGCUGUCAAACUUGAAGGGUGUUGGAACGACGAUGGCGUCCGCACUGCUGGCGGCAGCUGCCCCCGAAACGGCACCAUUUAUGGCAGACGAGUGUUUGAUGGCGAUACCCGAGAUAGAAGGUAUCGACUACACAACCCGAGAGUACAUGAACUUUGUGCAGCACAUUCAGGCUACCACGGACAGAUUGAACGAAGAAGUGCACGGUCCGGUGAGCAGCUCGAACGCCGACGGUAGCAAUGACGAGGACAGUAACGAUGCACCGAAAAUCGAGAAAAAGUGGUCCCCGCAUAACGUAGAACUGGCCCUGUGGACGCAUUAUGUCGCGAGAGAGCUACAGCCGGAGCUGCUGGAUGACAUGCCGGCGGCUGUGGAGGGUAGCAAAAAUAGCUACACCCGAAAUCCAACGUCCACGAAGACACCUUCCAGUAUGCCUGCCGCCACGAACGGUGCCUCGGUAUCGUUAGCCUCGUCCGAAAACAACACAAUGGAAGAGCCGUCCGACGAAAGCAACUUGGAAACCGAGCUGGGAAAGGCCACCUCGGACGAGUCCUCUAAGGACAACAAAUACAUGGACAGCCUGGACGAAUGCACCAAGUCUGAGGAUAGUCUCGAGAAACCCAGCACAACCACGGCCAGCAUCCGGAACAACAACAGCGACGAGGUCAAUGACAGCGACUCGCAGAGCAGUGCGAAACGGUCCAUGACGUACGAGGAGGAAGAAGACGACGACGAGGAUGAGGAUGACGAGGGGGAGGACGAUGACGACGAGGACGAUGAGGAAAGCUCCGUGGACGGUGCACCGGUUGCUAAGAAAACUAAGUUUGAGUAGAGGGGGAGUGUUGUUUAUGGGAGAAUUAUUUUCUUCAAGUUUAAUUGAACUAGAAUGGCGGUCUGCAGAACCAUCCGGCGAGGGGCAGUAUCACAAAUCGAAAUCAGUGAACAUAAUUAACGUCGAUGGUACCAACGGACGAAAGAGAGGUAGUGAAGGGAAACCAUAAAGUUGCGGUUUAGUGGGAAAUACUCACUAUGUACAAAUUGUGUUAAAACUGAUUGUAAGUGGAAAAUCACAUAUAUCUUAGGAUGAGUGAAGGUAAGAGAAAAAAUGUCUUAGCUGAUUGGGCGCCUGAGUUGUUAGUUGGAGGUGGUUAAACAAACUUUAAUUAAGAUAAAUGGCACCAAGGAGGAAGAGAAGAUAAGGGAGGAAAACAUAGGAAUGAAAGUACAUAAAGGGAAAAAAAUCUUUCCGAUGGUAGACUUUUAGUGACAUAAAGUUAGGGCGAUCCCUACGAGCAGUUCGCGUGUAGGGCGUUUUAUCGUUGAGGUUAAAUCUAUUUGACGCCGUCAUAGAUCUCAGAAACGAAUUAACCUUUUGCCGGAUUAGUAGAGGAUGAAUUUGUAUCCCUCAUUUUUCCCGUUGAUUUUUUAUCUGCUUAAUUGUUUGGAAUUAAGUUUUUUCCCUCCCAUUGCAUGGAAGCUAACUAUUCUCCCCCACCUUCGCAUCAGUUUUUACGUUCGACUCGUGUGUUUAAAUGAAAAUCAAGCCGUAACAAAGGUAUCUCUCCUACAAUCGUUAGCUCACAAGUAAUCCUGACUGUCUUCGUUUAUCAACGCCAAGAUUAAACUUAUUCUCAAACAGUUUGUUUAGGGCACAUUCCAACUCUUGAUAUGUUUUGUUUGUCUAUUACUGCAAGGAGAGAAAAGAGAAAAUUGCACAUGGACACAAAGAAUAACAAAAACGAUGUUUUGGAUAAAAUUCAAAAAUACUUAGCAUAUUUUCAGUUUCAUGAAAGUUUUUGGGUCCUACGGAAAAUGAUUAUAAAACAAAAGUAACUAUCCGAAUGUGAAUCAUUUUAUUUGCUCGAAGAAAUAAAGAGGUAAGCAAAAUCUUAUAAAUAUAACUUCGAAUAAGAACUAUUUAUUUUUAUUCUUAUUAUUGAAGCGAGAGCGUUUAAUUAUCACUCACAACCUAAUCAAGCAAAAACAUUAAAUAAAUGAAUAAAUAAAAAAAAUAUUAUGGAAACCCACGGAUGCAACCAAUCGUAUGAGGAUUCAAUCGAUAGAAGUGGAAUGAAUUAGUAUUAGUUGACGUUUUAGUUCUCCCAAACGUAUGAGGAAAAGUAACCGUUAAGAAAAUUCACCUUAAAAACAUGUUACAACUGAACCUAGAAAUGACAGUUACUGAUUCAACACCAUGCCAGCGGAGAGAAGAAGAACGCAACCGCAACAACAAGACAAACUUAUACACAAUUGUGGAAAACAGAUAGGAACUAGUAAUCAAACCAAUAAUAAUAGAAACACGGAAAACAAGCUCUGAAAAGUAAUAACUAAAAAAAACAAAACAGAAACCACUAAUAGCCUUUAAUGAGAACAAAACAAAAAUAUAAUUUAAUGAAUGUACUAGAUAAGUAGAAAACACUGAGACUACCCGAGAUAAACAACAAAACAAACCGAACAGAGACAGAGAAGAACACAAAACAUACACAUGAGAAUACGCGCGCGUGCAUGUACACGGCACUGCAAGGUAAGGUAAGAUUUGAUACGAAACAGUGGCAGAAUAAUACUACCUAUACUUGUAAUGGUACUCAGCAGAAAAAAAAAACAAAUGAACAACAGCAAACAAACAAAAACAAGGAGAAAAUACUAAGACAAAACUUUACAUGAAGUAAAACUAAAUAAA